ACCCAAACCUUACACGCAGACAACCAGCAGCAAACACAGUGUCUCCCUCUCUUGGGUGCUGACAACACUGGUUGGCCCACCGCACUCCACGUGGUGGACUUAUAUGGAACCAAUCGUAUCCCAUGUAAAGAAUGUGAAAGUCAGCGUGUACUGGGACUGCCACAUACCGAAACAGAGCACGUCUACACACACACAGUCAAGGUGUGUGUAAGAAUCACUCAAGACAAUCCACACAUGUAAUUGCGUGUCCCAUGAGUAUUACUUCAUGUACACCCUGCAUUGUAGUCACACAGACUGUAUAGCAGCAUAGAUGUCGAGAGUAGAGGAUAGGAGAGGAAGGUGGUGUAGGAAGAACGGAGGUUGUUAUAGGUCAAGCACGUGCAUGUCUAUACAUUGUGUAU